AUGUUUGUUGCUACGGCUCUUGCUCUUCUACCGCUCGUCUCGGCGUAUUCCAAGACGUUUGUUGUGCCCCAUACUCCCGGAAAAGACGACUCUCCAGCAGUGGUUGCUGCCAUUGCCAACUACAGCUCUAACUCACUGAUUCUUUUCAAGAAGGGUGUUACAUACAACCUCUGGACGCCCAUUAAUUUCGGCACCUUGAAUAACUGCGAGGUUGCAUUUGAGGGGAAUGCCACUUACCCUACGGAUAUCGCAACUGUUCAGGCAGAGGUGGCCAAGCCAACAUUCCCUGGGCACUGGAUCAAAAUCGCUGGCACUAAUGUGACCCUGCGUGGGACUACUGACCCCAAGUGGGGGUGGAUCGACUCGCACGGCCAGCAAUGGUGGGAUGCUGUCCAGCAGACCAACCGACCUCAUGGGAUCAGUUUCGUCGUUACCAACGGCGUAGUAAAGGACAUGAAGCUGUGGCAGCCUAUCGCUUGGAAUUUCCUUUUCAACGGUGGUAAGAACAUUCACGCAUUCAGCAACCGCAUUCAUGCGGUUUCUACCACCAAGGCUUUCCCCUUCAACACCGAUGGCUUCGCUGCGGGUGGUACCAACUUGCUGAUUGAGAAUAAUCACAUUGUCAACGGUGAUGAUUGCAUUACUGUGGGUAGCGGUGCCAACGGUGUCCAUUUCCGCAAUAACUACUGUGAAGGUGGCCACGGUUUGUCCAUUGGCUCUCUCGGAAAAGGUGGGGCCGUUGCGUCUGUUCAGAACAUUCUGUUCGAGAAUGUUGUCAUGAAGAAUCACUUGUAUGGUGCCCGCUUCAAGAGCUGGACCGGCGGAAACGGCAUCGCCAAGAACAUUACUUGGCGCAACAUUGUUCUGGAAAAUGUUCCCUUCCCUAUCUAUGUCACCCAGAACUACUGGGAUCAGAACUUGGGACCCAAGCCUACGACCGAUAGCCCUAACAACACUCACAUCGAGGAUAUGCUCUUCGACAACUUCAGCGGUACCCAGCUUGACACCCCCUAUGUCGAGGGCUCCUGCGUGAGCGACCCAUGCUGGUACUCGGUCGCCAAUGCAACUGGCAAGGAGAUCGUCAUCUUCGACCUCUAUCAUGGCACAACCCGCAACAUUGUCGCAAAGCGUAUUUCUGGCCUCAGGACUAUCAACCGCGCGAAGCCAGCCGUUAUGUGCGACCCCGCUGCGAUUGACAAUGAUGUUGGAUUUGUCUGCCAGAAUGGCCCUUAUAUAGCCACCCGAGUUGGUUAUACCCGAUAA